AUGAACAGCACGACUCAACAGCACGUGCAGCAAUGGCAGCACCAGGUGAUCGCCUUCAUUAACACGUUCGUGCUAUUCUGUCAGAUCCUGUUCGGAUGCACCGGCAAUGUGCUGAAUCUGAUCGUCCUGCUAUCGCAAAAUAUGCGGUCAAGGACCAAUCUCAUAUUUGCUGUAAUGGCGUUCGCAGACCUCUUCUUUCUUCUUAUGCAUAUUCCUCAGUUUCUAUUCUUUUGUUUUAUCCAGUGUUCUGUCGUUAUGUUCUUUUUAAACAGGUCCAUGAUGUACGCAACGAUCGAACGUGUGCAAGUGUUCCGUUGCCCAUUCCGCACUUCACGUCGCUCUGUAUCGUCACGAUUUCUCGCUACAAUUGCGCUUAUGGUCCUCGGCGCUCUUGCAGUCACCGCACCUAAUUUCAUGCUACCGUCCAAUACUUUUCCACACCAUAUCGUCAGGUUGUUAUUGGUCCUUCAUGCAGUUAGUGUUGUUCUCGUCCCACUGGUGGUUUGUGCUUUGCUCAACAUUCUUCUCGUUUUGGCAUUGAAAAAGAAUACGAUGCCUAUACAGAUGCUCGAAAACUUACAGGCACAACAAAAAAUUCUUAUGGCUAGGAAUAAAGCGGAACAAAAGGUAACCAUUAUGGUGACAGUGAUUAUUACCAGCUUUGUCAUCUGCAACGCUCCUGGUGCAAUUUUAUAUGUGGCUCAUCAAAACCACAUCACUUUUAGAAAGAGUCUCACAAAUGUUAUGAUUGCUUCUAUCUCGAAUACGCUGGUAAUAACAGGAAAGGCCAAGCUGGUUACGUUCAGAACAGGAGCUGUGCUAGCAUCAAGACAAUCCACUGCUCGUGGUUGA